AUGGGCCGACACCAGGCAGUAUCCUCGCUAUUUGAGAUUGGCUUGCUUCGCCGGGGCUGCUAUAGCACCAAGAGUCUCUCAUCAUACCGUCGAUUCAGCUCGUCAAACCAAUGGCGGCAACAGCAGACACAACCGCAACGACCACCGCAAUCCCGACAAUUGAAUAUUCCACCAGCAAUUGAACAGAACCCUGUGGCCUUAAACAAGCACGAGGUUAAACAAUUCACACCAAAGCCGUUAAAACGACCGCUAGGGUUACAGUAUGCUCCCGAAGAAGGCCAGAAUACCGGUGUUGACACUAGAACAUUGCGACAGCGCGGAGGAGACCUUGUGGACAAGGAGAAAUACCAACAACGGCAGUCAGAACUCAAGCCGUACUACCGGGAAUGGCACCGAAUGAACUACCACAGCGGAAAGGUAUUCAUCUGCAACCCCCGAUUAUUUAAAGAGGAUUUUUCUCUAUAUUUUCCCAACCUGUUUGGCCGAACUCUUCUACGAUCCAACCCAAUGCAGCAUACGACGCCUGUUCUGCGCGGCAAGAUAUCCCUUGUUCGAGUGUUUGCUAGCCUAUGGGCGGAGAGCCAAACCGUUACAUUCGUUGGUGAAAAGGAAAACCCAGAACUACAGAAAAUAAUCGCCGAUGCGGGCCCCUUAGUCCAGAAGGUCGAUAUCAACAAUGAAGAUAACUGGCUCAAGGCACUCCUUGUGCGGUUAUUCAUGGGCAGUAUGCGACGAAAGAUGCCAAGUGAGCAACAUGGGCGGUACUUUUUGGUCAGGAAGGGGUUUACGAACUACCUGAAAGAUCAAAUAGGAAUGCUUAAUGGGAAAGUUGGUUACGUUUAUCUUUUGGAUGAGAAUUGUAAGAUCAGAUGGGCUGGAAGUAGUAUUGCCGGGCCCGAGGAGUUAGAAUCCUUGAACAGGGGCUUGCAAAAGCUGGUAAGUGACAAGCGUGCAAGCCAGGAAAUGCCGAGGAUCAUCUCAGCAACAGAGAUACAAAAAGCCGCUCAGACGGCUUAA